CUCCCAGAGCUCGUGCUGCACUCUGGAGCGCUCGCCUCGCAGGGUCAGAACGUAUGCUCUCUUCUCUUCUCUCAUUUCAAUCCAUUCCUCUUCUCUUUUCUCCACUCUCACGACUGAAUCCCUUCGCCACCCGUAGUGUCACAGCCAGAUUGUGCUAUUUCCAUAGUAGCGAUUUGGCGCUGGUUUAUUCCACGCGCUUUCGUUUGUUCGUUCGUCGGUAAUGGAAAACAGAAAAGAGAUGGUGAUGCUUCCGGAAGGAGGUCAACUUGGCACGGCAGUUGGCAAGACUGGCUCUAAUUUGUCGGAAGCAGUUGGAAGCCCCGCGCGAGAAUCACAAGGCAAAACGGUCCACAGGAACUACACCAGCCCCGGUUCUGCGCCCUACUCGCGAGACAGAGCGGACGAGGAGGCGAAGAGCGCACGGGGACGCGUGUGCGCCGAUAUAAGGUCGGUUGGCAUGUCCUCUUCAACCGAGAGACAUCGAUUAGAUCACACCAACAAAGAAGCUAGCAGCUCGGACACAGAGUCUGACUUCUAUGAAGAAAUUGAUGUGAGCUGCACGCCAGAAAGCAUGGACUACCCCAACGGGAAAGGUCGAAACGGUGAUUCCCCCAUCCACCCGAGUGACAGCGGUAUGGAUCCUGGUAAAAUGGGAUUGGGCCAGGUUUCGCUGUCCUACGGAGCUGACGCGAUGCGACGGUACCGGACAGCCUUUACUCGGGAGCAAAUCGGCCGGUUGGAGAAGGAAUUCUACCGGGAGAAUUACGUGUCCAGGCCGAGGAGAUGCGAACUGGCGGCUUCACUAAAUUUACCAGAAACCACUAUCAAGGUGUGGUUCCAGAACCGCCGGAUGAAGGACAAGCGGCAGCGUCUGGCCAUGACGUGGCCUCACCCCGCCGACCCCGCAUUCUACACCUACAUGAUGAGUCACGCGGCCGCCACCGGGAACCUGGGCUACCCCUUCCCGUCCCACCUACCAUUACCGUAUUACUCCCACCUUGGGGUCGGAGCCGGCUCGGCCUCCUCCGCCACCCCAUUCUCCAACCCCCUCAGGUCCCUUGACAGUUUCCGGAUGUUGUCUCACCCCUACCAGAGGCCGGAGCUUCUGUGUUCGUUCAGGCACCCGCCCCUGUACCCCAGCCCGGCCCACGGCCUCGGUCCCGGGGGGAGCCCCUGCUCCUGCCUCGCCUGUCACUCCGCUCAAUCAAACGGCCUUCAACAGAGGCCUACCGGGUCAGAUUUCCCGUGCUCCCCAACGAGCAGGACUGACGCGUUUUUGACGUUUACUCCGUCGGUGCUGAGCAAGUCCUCGCCGGGGACUUUGGACCAGAGAGAGGAGGUGCCAUUGAACAGAUAAAACGAAGAGAGCACAUCCACAUGUGUUCAUUGGACUGGGUCAAACAAGCGCAGAAAAAGGCCAUAAUCUUUUAUCAAACUUAGAGAAAAAAACAUGAACAUGACCCAAACAGCAUGAAUACAACGAUCACGUGGAGCAUACUCCAUACAAGCAGCAGCAUAAACGACAGAUACCGCAGUGCGCGCUGUUACAUACACCUGCUACUACAAAAAGGAGAGAUGAACGCGCUCAGGCGCAAACAAUUUGCCUAUUUUGUUUUUAAGCUAUAUGUUUUCUAGCACCAACGCGACGAUCUCACACAUCAUGACAGUCUAUCCACUGAAAAAUAAUAAUUUCAGUUGUAAAACCCCAUGCAGACUAUGAAACAUUAUGAGAUCGGACAAAAAACACAUUUGAUUUAUUGAAGAUGAAUUUGGUGCGAGGAAAGAGAGAGCCCGGGUGGACUGGGAAUUACAGACAACCGUUUAUCUCCGUGAUGGAUGGCGUUAACGAUUAAUCUUUAGACCUAUCUAUAGUCUCUUCAGAUUUCCAAAUUGACCUGUUUUGUAAAUUUCACUAGAAUGGUCUAUUCCAACUUCCUUUUUAACAAGGGAAUGUGUUAACAGACUGCACCGUCUCAUUGUGGCUCUCUAUCUCCCUACCCGAGCCUCCCUUUCUGACGUGUUGGGGCCGAAAUGUGCAGAUGCUGGUAAAAUUAGUAAGUGAUGUAGGCCUAUACGUACGUGGUGGAUGGGUUUUGAGUGUUGAAUAAAUGAUAAUACCGGCGCGCGCGGAGGCGGUGGAGGGUUCGUUGCUGCCAAACCGUAACAAGGCGUCAGGGGAACGGAUUAGCUCGCGCUGGCUUGACGGGGAAGAGGAGGAGAGGUGACGGGAGUCUGAGAAGAGGACGAGGGAGAAACGGAGAGGAGGAUAUAGAAGGGAAAGGGAAGAGAGAAGUCAUUGGACAAUCACUCCAGGCAAAUUAGGCCGAGUUCGUUUGCUCGAGCUGCUGAUCUCACCCAUAUACCCUCGACUGAACACUUGCCACCUCUCUCCCCCUGCCUCCCCAAUUCUUCUGCAUCCUACUUCACCCUCAGCCAAUGUUCAUAAUACCGAAUGCUUGGAUCAAUGCAUUUAUAACGACUGAUUCUGAAAGAAAAGCCUUAUAUUUAUUAGCCUACUCGUUCUAAAAUAUUUGGGGGAAAUUGCUAUUAUUUCUUUAUGUCAAUUUCUCGCUUUGCACUGUUACUGACAUAGUAUUUCAUCGAAAUAACCCUGUCAUGUUUUAUGGGUAGUACUGUAAAAAGGCUCAAGAGAGCGAAUUCAUAUAAGUGCAGAACUCUGGUCAUUUUUGCUGAAUAAAUUGUUGGAUUGUUCUGGACUUCAAAUUUGCAAUAAACAGCGUU